AAAAGACAAGACAUUCUGUCUGAAACCUUUAAAGUACAAAUUGGGAAAACAGAUAGGAAUGCAUAAAUUUUUAUGCAUGCCAAAUCCUCUAAAAUCUUUAUUAGGGUGAGAAGCAACAUUUAAAGAAAGCAAAAUGGAAUUUAGACUUAAAAACAGUCUAUUAAUUGCAGUUUUGAGUUUAUCUUUAAUGCAACAGAAAAGUAAAAAGAAGGACCUCCCUGAAGUAGAAGAAAUCCUUAAUUAGGUAUAUGUGGGAGUAUGGACAUCUGAAGUUCCAGGUAAGGCAAAAAAAUGCUUUGCCUGUUAAAGUGGAAAUAAAAAGGGGGGCCUGCCCAAUUAGAAUAAAUCAAUACCCCUUAAAAUUAGAAGAUCAAAGGGAAUAAAAAAAAAAAAUUGAUAAAUUUUAAAAUAUAGAUUAUUAAUUGAAUGUGAAUUGGAAUAUAAUACUCGUAUCUGGACAGUAAAGAAAUAUGAUGGGAAAAGUUGCAGAUUGGUUUACGAUCUCAGGGUAAUCAACAAAAUUGCAGAGGAUAUUUGUCCAGUAGUAGCUAAUUCAUAUGAUUUAUUGACUAAAUUGUAUAAUAAUCAGAAAUGGUUUGCCGUCCUGGAUUUAAAGGACACUUUCUUUUGCUUACCAUUGGCCAAAGAAAGCCAAAAUUAUUUGCUUUCGAAUGAGAAAAUCCUGACGCAGGAAGAAAAACUCAAUUAACUUGUACAGUAUUACCACAGGGGUUUAAAAACAGUCCAGCGAUUUUUGGAAAUCAGUUAGCAAGAGAAUUAGAAUUAUGAAAGCCACCUGCUCAGACAGGGACUCUGUUACAAUAUGUGGAUGACCUGUUAAAUGCUACAGAAACAAAGGAAGAAUGUGUCCAGUGAAUGGUGGGAUUAUUGAAUUUCUGAGACUGAAUGGUUAUCAGGUAUCCAGACAAAAGGCCCAACUAAUCCAAACCCGAGUUUUCUACCUAGGAUAUGAAAUAACAGGAGGACAGAGAGAACUUGGAACUGCCAGAAAAGAAGCCAUUUGCCAGAUUCUACAACCGUCGACUGUCAAGGAGCUCCGGACAUUCCUGGGAAUGACAGGAUGGUGCAGACUUUGGAUCCAUGAUUAUGGUGUUCUGGUAAGACCACUAUGCGAACUGUUGAAGGGAAACCCUCCCUCUUUGGACUGGACUGAUAAAGUAGAGGAGGCUUUUAGAAAUUUAAAGAUAGAGUUAAUGAGAGCUCCAGCUCUGGGACUUCCGGAUGUGACUAAACCGUUUUGGCUAUAUUCCUAUGAAAAACAAGGAAUAGCCUUGGGGGUCCUUGCUCAGAAACUAGGACCAUACAGAAGGGCAGUGGCAUAUUUUUCAAAACAGCUGGAUGAAGUGAGCAAAGGAUGGCCCAGAUGCCUAAGGGCUGUGGCAGCAGUCAUCAUGAAUAUUGAAGAGGCCCGCUUAUUUACCUUGGGGCAAAAGAUUACUGUGCUAGUGUCCCAUGUGGUAUCAGCAGUCCUGGAACAGAAAGGAGCCCACUGGUUAUCUCCUUCACGUUUUUCAAAAAACCAGGCCACCGCUGCAGAACAGGAUGAUAUAGAAUUGUGGUCACUAACAAUGUGA